AUGAUAAGUUUUAUUCGAAACUAACAAAUCAAUAUGAAAUUCUUCGUUGUAUUUGCUCUGUGCGUCGCUGCGGCCACCGCCAACGUCAUCAGCCCCAUCGUGGUCAAUGAUGAAGCAGCUGAAAUCCAACAGAUUAUGGAUGCAAUCAACCACCCCAGCACAGACCCUGCCACCGCCGCUCUUUUAGAACAAAUGUUGAACGAAGUUCUCGGUCUAACUAAGCCCGAACCUAUCGAUGUCGGACCUGCCAUCGUUGAGGGUGACUACGAAUCCAUCUCAGUCGGACCUGCUAUCGUUGAAGAGGUCGUACCCGCUCCCGUGAUUCCUGAAAUCAACAACUCCCCUCUUGUUCAAAUCAUCAUCAAUGUCAAGCCUGGUUCUGGCAAUCCCGUCGUUGUCGAAGGUAUGCCCGAGGUCGCGCCCACCCCCGUGCUCGUCGAAGAGAAGCCCGAGGUCGAGCCCACCCCCGUGAUCGUCGUAGAGAAGCCCGAGAUCGAGCCCACCCCCGUGAUCGUCGAAGAGAAACCUGUGGCUCCCGAACCCGUUAUCGUUGCCCCUGUGGUCAUCCCCGAACCCGUCAUUACUCUUCCUGACAUUCUCAACUAAAUAAAUACAUACUUGGAAACAUCUCC